CUGAAAUCGACAAGGGCGUUUUAGGUUGAAAACACGUCUCAAAUCUGAAGUGCCCAAAUUAAUAAAUUAAUAAAUUAAUUAAUUUCAUGUUCUAAAGAGAACUAAAAAAUGGGGGUAUUAUCAGCAACAGCAGGAAUUGCAGCAAAUCGAUAUUUUUACCUUCAACCUAUUUCUGCAUUUCAUCAAAUUCGGGAAAUCUCUUUAUCAUUUUCAUCACGUUUACCCACAUCACUUUCCUCUGUUUCUGUCUCGUCUAUCUCAUCGCGAGUUGUAACCAGUCCGAGUUCACGACUCGUUUCCAAAGCUUCUGUUUCUACUGCUUCUGAUGCAGCAGUUUCAGAUAAUAUUGGGGAUGUUUUGGGUGAUGUCACCAUUUUCAAGGCUACUGGUGAACCUGUCAUCUUCAAGGAUCUUUGGGAUCAGAAUGAGGGAGUGGCCGUUGUUGCACUGCUGAGGCACUUUGGAUGUGUUUGCUGCUGGGAGUUUGCAUCAGAUUUGAAAAAAGCAAUGCCGAGAUUUGAUGCUGCUGGUGUAAAACUCAUUGCUGUUGGUGUUGGGGAACCUGAAAAAGCCCGCUUGCUUGGAGAACGGUUACCGUUUCCUAUGGAGUGCCUUUAUGCUGAUCCUGAACGCAAGGCAUAUGAUUUAUUGGGUUUAUAUUAUGGUCUUGGUCGGACAUUCUUCAAUCCUGCCAGUAAAAAGGUUUUCUCAAGGUUUGAAUCCCUGAAAAAGGCUAUGGAGAAUUAUACAAUUCAAGCUACACCUAGCGACAGGAGUAGUGUUUUGCAACAGGGAGGAAUGUUUGUCUUCAAAGGGAAGGAACUGUUGUAUGCUAGGAAAGAUGAAGGAACGGGAGACCAUGCCCCCUUAGGCGAUGUCUUCAGUGCUUGCAAUGUGCCAGUUGCAUAAAGCUUAUGUACACUGUAUUCCAUGCAAUCAGCUGACAAGCUUGUGAAUGAUGCAGCUAACACAUCUACUUCCUGGCGCUGAUCAAAAUGUUUUUGCUGCAGGAUCUGGUAAACAAGAAUGCCUUGAUUACUUUUAUAGUACAUUUUCUGCAUUUUAGUUAGCAGCACAUGUAAUUGAUGGAUUAGAACACUGCUGUAAAAUAACUCUUCAGUAUAUAUGAACUAGGAGCAUCUUGUUCAUAGUAAUCGAUAAAUUCAUUGUGUAUAUGUUCAGUUCAUCUGGCUCCUGAUACCAAACAUUGAAAGUUAAUUUAAUAAAAGCUCUCUAAUAUCUUGCUACUGCA